UUUUAUUACAAACCGAAGAAGAAGAAUACAAAACCGCAGAGAUAGAAUUUGAUUUCUUUACAUCAUCAGCAAUGGAUGAUUUUUUCGUAGCAAUCCUUUCUACACUUCUCAUUGCAGCCUUAAUCCCACUCUAUCUAUGGAAACGCCAUCGCGAUUCUCAAUCUUCCUCAUCUUCAUCUUCCACCGAAGAAGCUCAUCAGGCUCCGGUCAGAGAACCUGCUGCACGUGCCACUGCUACUCGCCGCAUGCGUCGGAGAACGGUUGCGUCUGGUGCUAGCUCUUCUUCAGCUCCACCUGCAACUCAACAAGAGUCUGGAGAUGAAAGUGACAACGAAGCUGCUGGUGAUGAGCAAGAGGCCAAAGCAUCGAAGAAAAAGGAACUCAAAAGGCAAGAAAGGGAAGCUCGGCGGCAGGCCGAAGAAGCUCGGCAGUCAAAGCAAGACCGUUAUUCAGAAAUGCGGAGGUUGAAGGAUGAAGAGCGUGAGGCACAGGAGCGUAAGUUGGAAGAGGAAGCAAAAGCUCAAAAGGCCAGGGAAGAGGAAGCUGCUGCGUUAGAGUUUGACAAGUGGAAAGGUGAAUUUUCAGUUGAUGAUGAAGGUACACUAGAAGAGGAGCAGGAUAAAACUGAAGAUUUGCUUACCAAUUUUGUUGAAUAUAUAAAGAAGCAGAAAUGUGUUCCCUUAGAAGAUCUUGCUGCAGAAUUUAAAUUGCGUACACAGGAAUGUAUCAAUCGCAUCACAUCUCUGGAAAGUAUGGGUCGGCUUUCGGGUGUCAUGGAUGAUAGGGGAAAAUUCAUUUACAUCUCACAGGAAGAGAUGAAAGCUGUUGCUGAUUAUAUUAAGCGACAAGGGAGGGUUAGCAUUUCCCAUUUAGCUAGUAAAUCAAACCAGUUCAUUGAUUUAGAGCCAAAGACUCAUUAUACCGAGGACAUUAGUAACAUGGAGGAGAUAACUGUCAACUGACAUGGUUUUUUGGCUUACAUGUGAAGAAAAAUCAUGUGAUGUACAUAAAGAAAAAAAUGCACUGAUCUGGCUUUAUUAGGAUAUGGUACAUGACUUUAAGCAGCCUUAGCAUUACUCCAAUUUCAUUUCCUGCAAAAAUAUAUUUUUACUGUAUUUAAAGAGAACAUAUUAAUAUCUCAAUGCACUAUUUUAGAAAGUUAUUCCAUAUUUUUUGCUUCACAACAAUUUUAGCACUUUUGAAGGUGUGCUUGUACCAUGUAAUUUCUCAAUUAAUUUGAAACUAGUUUCAGACAGA